CAAACUGCUGUAAGUGAAGAUUUCAAAGAGCAGACGAGUUUUUAAACUGCAUUGAAAAGUUACAUCGUGCAUAAUAAAAGUCAAUUAAUUCAAUUGCCAUUAAUUAGCUUUCAGUUUUAAAAAACUGGCUUUCUGAGAUGUUUCCAUCAAUCAGUUUCGGAAGAGGAGGUUCCGCCAGUCACCAUCACCAUCCACAGACGCAUGCACAUCAACUGACCAGCCAAGGCCAAAACAUGCCCACAAACCCCGCCUGGACAAUGACCCACCCGUUCCAGUUCCAAAUGCCCUUUUCCCACCCACACCACUCCCAGCAGAUGGUUGCGAUGAGCAGGCACUCAAUGCCAUGCAUUCCUUCCACCAUCACUCUCAAUGGCCAGCAACCUCAGCAGGAUUCCAACAUCUCCCCUCAUGCCUACUCUUUUCCCCACCCCUACAUGUUUUCCAGUGGGGGUUCAUGUGUUACCGGCUUCAACCCUGUCUCCGUUGCCAACAUGCCAAGUGCGGUUGGGGUUCCCAAUGUGAACGUGUCUUGCUUUGCAGUGCAACAAGCACUUCACUCUCUACCUCCUCUCCCCCCAAACAAACCCCACCCGAAGAUCAAAGUCACUCUUGAGAAUGCCGCUCUGUGGCGCAUGUUCAACAAGAUCGGAACUGAGAUGAUCAUCACCAAGAGUGGCCGGAGGAUGUUUCCAGUCGUGAAACUGCGGCUGAGUGGUCUGGAUCCGGACAGGGAGUACUCGGUGAUGCUGGACAUGAUGCCUGUAGACACAAGUAGACAUAAGUUCCACCAUUCCAAGUGGGUCAUCAGUGGCAAGGCCGAACCGAGGAUGCCAGGCAGACUCUAUUUCCACCCGGACUCCCCCUCAUCAGGCAGAACAUGGCUGGCGACACAGUGCAUAUCAUUCCACAGAAUUAAACUCACAAACAACAACCUCGACCGAAACGGACAUAUCAUUCUAAACAGCAUGCACAAGUACGUGCCCCGGCUGAUAAUCCUUGAACACUUCAACCAUCAUGCCACAGCAAUAGGAGGGCGAGGGAUAGGGGGAGGAGGUGGUUUGGGUUCCAGUGGAUCCAUGUUCGAUGCCAGCAGCUUCUACACCUACUCAUUCCCUGAGACAGCGUUCAUUGCAGUGACUGCCUACCAAAAUGACUCGAUUACCCAACUGAAGAUAGACUACAACCCAUUUGCCAAGGGAUUCAGAGAGACCGCUGCGUCGACUACAGUCAAUUCUUCGGCUCAACUACCAUUGCCCAAUCAGAUUGGUCCUGAUAUCAAAACCAGAAGGAGGAAAUUUGACUAUGAAGGAAGCUUCAGUUCAGAUUCAGAUUCCGAUGGGUCCUCUCCUGAAUCACCCUCUGAGACCAAGAGAAGAACAACUACAUCAGAUGAUCAGACCUCAACUGCUUCGGUGAGAGACGACAGCUGUACCGCAGUGGCAGGAGACGGAAGGAAGCGUCGCAAGUCGGAACUUACUGCGAACCCAAAUGCAACUCACGGAACUGCGAACAGAAACUUUGACAAAGAGUAUCUUGCAUGUGAACGAAAAACAAUUAAGCAAGAUGAUAGCAAAGCUUCAAAAGGUGACGGAGAUAGCGAUUUUAAAAAAGAGAAGGCAGAAAUUUGGUCCCCUACAAAGCAAGGAAAUGCAGGAAUAAAUCGAAAUCUUUCUAAAACAACGAAUGUGACCAUUGAAAAUAAAACUGCUAUUGAAGUUAUCUGCCCCGCAUCUGAAAAACCAAAGAGUUUCUGUCCAAUGAAAGAAGAAACCAUUGAAAAAGCUGACAAAGGGUGUUGCGAUGGUGAAAAACUUGAAGUGACGAUAAACAAAAAUGAAAAGAAAGAGUCGCCAAUUGCAUCAGUUGACCCCUACUUUUGCCCCAUCAGUCCUGAUUUCAGGGUCAUGUUCCAACUGCCAGAGAACUCGCCCAUCUCACCAUACCCAAAACUACACCUACACUCCAACCUUCCAGCAAACCCCAGCCAGCAGUUACUCAGAAUCAACCCUUAUUCUUGGGGACUGCCCAACACAAAUACACGGAAGGAGUCCUUUUUCCAUUUCCAAUGAAAAACAAAUAUAAUAUUCGAACUAGAUGCAUUAUGCUUAUAAAUAUUUUCAGUAGAAUUUAUAUUUUGUCAUUGAA